AAAGAAUUUAUGAACUUGGGCUAUAUUAAAAAGUUCAUGACAUUCUGUAAGACAUUCCCGCAUCUAUAUGUGUUGGACUUGGAGAACAUCCGAUUUUAUGGUGGUGAAUUACCUGAUGCUAUAGGCAAUUUGGUACACCUCAAGUUCUUAGGCUUUUCUAAUACCAGUAUUUCCAAACUCCCACCUUCUAUAGGCAAACUAAAAGGUCUACAAACGCUGGACGCGUUGACAGUUGACCAUUGCUCUUGCGAACUACCUCCUCAGGUUACCCAGCUCACUAAUUUGAGACAUUUAAUUACUCGAUAUGAGGUUCCCUUGCAAGUUGACAAGCUGACAAAUCUACGAACUCUUAAAUAUAUUCGUUGUGAUCAGUGGAAAGAUACUGAUGCUGCUGGUUUAAUCAACCUCCAAGAAUUGGGCAUGGAAAGAAUUAGGAAAUCUUAUUCCCUAAAAUCCAUUGGCAGCCUGAAAAGCCUCUCCACCUUGUUUCUAGUUUGCCAAUAUGGUGAAACUUUUCCUCCCCUUGAACCACUUUCUUCUUGUGAAAACCUAUACAGAUUGUUUUUAUCAGGUGGAAUAGAAGAACUAGCAGAUUUAAACAAGCUGCCAAAAUCCAUCACUGUGUUAGUCCUACAGUCUGCAGGACUCGAGGAAGAUCCAAUGCCAAUUAUGGGGAAAUUUCCAAACUUAAAGCAUCUCGAGUUGUCAAGGGCUUACAAGGGGAAAAAAAUUACUUGCAAGUGCAACAGUUUUGGUCAACUGGAGACCCUUAGACUUGGUAAUCUUGAAAAUCUAGAUAGCUGGCAUCUUGACACAACUGCAAUGAGUCCGAUUAAAAGUUUGAGUAUAUUUGAAUGUCCGGAGCUGAAGAAAAUUCCAGAACGAAUGGAACAUGUUGUGGUACAUGAGAAUAAUCAAAGGCGAAGGGACUACUAUUAUAGGUUCCCAAUUAACUAGUUAGGAACUUUUUGCAUGCUUGAAACUUUUGAGGUAUAAGAGAUAAGUUUGAGCUGAAGAGUUAAUUAGUAUGCAGUUUCAGUUUGAGAUAUAGUUUCUUUGAGCCCAACAAUUAGUGUCUCUUGUCUGCCUCUCGUAUUGUAUCUCUGCUUUCCAAGAGACACUUUCCGUUACUUCAUUGUACG